GCCCGGGCAAGGUUACUCUCGCUGUGCUUAUGCUGACCGUCUGACUCAUGAGGAUCACCAACUAACUUAACUUCACUAGGUACAUGCAGGGGUUAUUCUUUGCUAUUGAUAUUCUCGUUUUGAUUUUUCUACGUUGCAACCCAUGUCGACGAACCAAAUAAUGUCUCGAAAUGAUUUAUCAGACAUCCUCAAAGCAAGCUCCCUCGACCUAACCCCCUAUGAGGAUCUCUACAAAUAUUUCCACGCCAAUCCCGAACUCUCCCUCCAAGAGAGUUCUACCUCUGAAAAAGUCACCGCCCAUCUGGACGCGCUCAACGCCUAUGAAAUUCAUACCCACAUUGGUGGUUACGGCCUCGCGGGAGUCCUCCGAAAUGGGCCCGGAAAAACGAUCCUGUUGCGCGCUGACAUGGACGCGCUCCCCGUGAAGGAACUCACGGGUCUCCCCUAUGCAAGCUCGGUCACCAUGCGUGAUGCCGAUGGUAACGAGAAGCCGGUGAUGCAUGCCUGCGGACAUGACAUGCACAUGACCUGUCUCCUGGCUGCGGCCGAAACUCUCGCAAAGAUGCGAGAUGUCUGGAGCGGCACACUCAUCGUGCUCUUCCAGCCUAAUGAGGAACGAGGCGGCGGGGCCCAGGCUAUGGUCGAUGAUGGAUUGUAUUCGAAGAUUCCCGUGCCGGAUUACCUCUUCGGUCAGCACGUUAUGCGUAUGCGUGCGGGGAGCAUUGGCUCCCGACCGGGCACGAUCAUGGCGGCGGCUGACAGUAUGAAAAUCACCGUCUUUGGCCGUGGUGGUCAUGGCUCGCUGCCCCAUCAGACGGUUGAUCCGGCUUUACUCGCGGCGCAUAUCGUCGUCCGACUGCAGAGCAUCGUGAGCCGGGAGGUUGACCCCAGUGACCUGGGGGUCGUCACGGUAGGAAGUCUCCAAGUCGGACAGGCCGAGAAUAUCAUCGCAGACCGAGCGGAAAUCGGACUCGACUUUCGAACUGUGAAACUGGAGACUCGGCAGAAGAUCUUAUCUGCAAUCCAGCGCAUCGUCGAAGCCGAAUGCCUUGCUAGUGGUUCACCCAAACCACCGGUCUUCACGCCCACACGCCGGUUUCCGCCCACGGACAAUGAGAAGCAAGUCGCGACUGAACUCGCCGCAUCGUUCGAGCAGCAUUUUGAGGAUUUCGAUAAUGAUACGCCUCGCACUAACGUGAGUGAGGACUUUUCCAACCUGGGCCGAUGCAGAGAUCUUCCCUGCUGUUUCUGGCUGUUUGGAGGAAUUGAUCCGGAGCUUUGGGAUCGGGUACAUGGAGACGAGAAUCCCAGUGAGGAGAUUGCGGGGAAUCAUUCGGCGCGAUUUUCACCUGUGAUUCAACCGACGAUGAGAGUCGGUGUGGAUGCUUUGUGUUUGGCAGCGCUGACGUUUUUGAGGAAGUAAAUGUAGUUGGUAUGCCAACUGGUUGAAUGUAUACCACCGACAGUGGAGACCAUACAAGUAGAUACGGUGCUAUACUCAUCAGUAGAGCGAUGACUGUAGUCGUUGGUUGUGGAUAGUCUUUGUAGAUGAUACAGUGGACGACCGAAGCAACAGGAUCAUAUGGCAGGGUCUGUUUAUAUUCAGAAUAUCCCUACAGACCGUCUUUUC